UAAUAACUGGUGCUAUCCAGAUCCAGCCCAAUAAAUGCAUUACAAAUUGAAACUUGUGAACCCCCACUUAACAUUAGACGUCAACUUCUUGCUGACAGAUAUCUAUUCCGUUUACUUCAAUUUUCCAACCAUCUACUAUAUAAAAAUAAGUCGGGUUUUCCUUCCUGACGCUAUAACUCCAGAACGCACGAACCGAUUUCCACGGUUUUGCAUUCGUUGGAAAGGUCUCGAGCUCCGUGAGGUUUAUAGUAAAGAAAAUUCAGGAUAAAUUUAAAAAAAAAUCGUUUUCUUUUAAUCACAAAACGAAAUGUUACAUAAAACGAAGCUAUCUGGUGGCGAAACGGAGUUCGCUAGGUUUGCUAGUCCUCUUAUAAAUGUUCUUUGUUCUUUGAAUGAAGAAAUGAAAUCAGCAAGUUACUGGACACACAAAUCUCUCUCAUGUUUGAUAGUUAGUUAUCGAAAGUAUGUAUUCGUAUUCUUAUUACGCACGCAACAUGAAUCCAAAAAGUCCUGAAGCAAGAAAUAGAGACGGAAGCCCAUUUGAAGGAAUGAUGAUAACAGAUUCACAGCCUCUAGAUGCAUUGAAAAGCCGAAGUUCCUGCCCUAAAUGCGGCAAAUCCAGAAUGUAUUUUUGUUACACUUGUUACGUUCCAGUGUUGCAGCUGGAGGGCUGCAUACCUAAAUGUAAACUACCAAUAAAAGUGGAUAUAAUCAAACAUAAACGAGAAAUUGAUGGAAAAAGUACAGCAGCGCACGCUGCUGUCUUGGCUCCGGACGAUGUAAACAUAUACACUUAUCCUCAUGUACCACAUUAUUACUUAGAUAACAGAACAGUUUUACUAUAUCCUGGUACAGAAGCAAAAACUGUUCGUCAAUUAUUUACUGGUGAAUCAAAUAAUGUUUCAUACAAUGAAAGUAUCCUUUCAGAACUGCCUUACGGGUUUAAUGUAGGUACUCUCAUGACUAAAAUAAUAGGUGAUAAUUUUCAAUGUGAAGAUAUAUAUCAUAACAAAGAAUUACCUGUUGAUAAAGUAGUUUUAAUAGACAGUACAUGGAAUCAAAGUCGAGGGAUAUUUGCUGAUAAAAGACUGAACACAUUACCUAAAAUUGUAUUACAAAAUAGACCCUCCCAAUUUUGGCGUCAUCAGAAGGGAAGUCCACGUUGGUAUUUGUCCACUAUAGAGGCUGUACAUCAACUAAUGUUAGAAUUACAUUUAUGUGCAUGGGGACGCAGUGUUGAUUACAAAUCUUCUCUUACUAUGCAUUACCCUGUUCAUGAAUCUAAUAUUGAACACUCACAUUGUACACCUUAUGAAGGGCAAUAUGAUAACUUACUGUAUUUUUUUAAAUUUAUGUAUGAAAAACUGCACACACUAUACAAACAUGAAGAUAUGUUAGCUUAUAAGAGACCUAUGUUAUAAUAAAAAAAUAACCUAAG